GAAAGAAAAGGGGUUUUGGAAAUUCAGGAGUCGUAUCCUUAUUGCCAGCUCUUUUGUUGGUGUUAUUAUUACUGUUAUUAGCGCUGGCGUCAAAUAAUCCGGUCGAUGAUCCGCGGAGGGGGCUCCAGCGACUACUUCUACUAGACACCUCACCGCAAUCAAACCACCUCCGCGUUCUUCCUUUCCCUCUCUCUUUCCACUUUCUAUUCAUCUCUAUACUGUUUGAUUUUACGCUGAAUCUCUUCCUCUUGCCAUAUUCUAAUCACCAUGGAGGACAUUGCUCCUGAGUAUGAUGUUGUUGUGCUUGGCACUGGAUUGACGGAGUGUGUUCUGUCUGGUGUUCUCAGUGUCAAGGGAAACAAGGUGCUUCACAUCGAUCGCAAUGAUCACUACGGAGGUGAGGCCGCUUCUGUGAACAUUGAGACUUUGUUCAAGAAGUACGGUAACGUUCGCCCCGGCGAGGAGCCCUGGAAAAAGUAUGGACGGGUCAACGACUGGAACAUCGACUUGGUCCCCAAGCUGCUGAUGGCCAACGGCGAGUUGACGAAUAUCCUGGUUUCCACCGAUGUUACGAGAUACCUUGAGUUCAAGCAGAUUGCUGGCAGCUACGUCCAGCAGGGCAACCGCGCCAAAGCCAACGUGGCCAAGGUCCCCUCGGAUGCCAACGAGGCCCUGCGCUCGUCUCUGAUGGGAAUGUUUGAGAAGAGGAGGGCGAAAAAGUUCUUGGAAUGGGUUGGUGAAUUCAAGGAGGAUGACCCGGCUAGUCACUAUGGCUUGGACAUCUCUUCAUGCACGAUGAAGGACGUUUACGACAAGUUCAGUCUCGAAGACAACACCCGUGAGUUUGUCGGUCACUCGAUGGCUCUGUACCAGUCCGAUGACUACAUCAACGAGGUUGGCAAGGCCGUCGAGACUAUCAACCGCAUCCGUCUGUACGUGAACUCGAUGGCCCGGUACGGCAAGUCGCCUUACAUCUACCCUCUCUACGGCCUGGGUGAGCUCCCUCAGGGUUUCGCCCGUCUGUCCGCCAUCUACGGUGGUACCUACAUGCUCAACACCAACAUCGAUGAGGUGCUCUAUGAUGACAGCGGGAAGGUCUCGGGUAUCAAGGCGACGAUGAAGGACCGGGACAACGCUGCGGAGACCAUGAACUUCACUACCAAGACAAAGAAGAUCCUCGCAGACCCGUCCUACUUCCCCAGCAAGGCCUCCGUGACCGGCUACCUGCUCAAGGCCAUCUGUAUUCUCAAGCACCCCAUCGACAAGACCGAUGGCAGUGACUCGCUGCAGCUGAUCAUUCCCCAGUCUCAAGUUGGACGGAAGCACGAUAUCUACAUUGCUAUGGUUUCGUCGGCGCACAACGUCUGCCCCAAGGGCUACUAUGUUGCCAUUGUCUCCACUAUUGCCGAGUCCGAUGCGAACCACCACAUUGAGCUUGAGCCUGGAUUCGAGCGUCUGGGUGAAAUUGAAGAGAAGUUCUUUGGCCCCCCGAUCCCGCUCUACGAGCCCCUUGAAAGUGGCGAGAAGGACAACAUCUAUAUCUCGAGAAGCUACGAUGCUACGUCACACUUUGAGACCACUACUGAUGAUGUGCGGGAUAUUUACCGUCGUGCCGCUGGUGAGGAGUUGGUUGUUGAGGGACUUCGGGAGGACCAGAAGCUUGCUGAAGAGUAAAUGUGAUUAAAUGCGUUUCCGGUUAAGACUGGGUAAUAUAUCGUCUUUUGGGGGGAGUCAUGAUUCCCUGGACUUGCGCCUUUGCUCUUAUUCUUAUAUGAUCAGAUAGCAUGUUGGAUUAACACGUUUUUUUUUUUUUUUUUUUUUGAGUCUUUGAUAUCGUGUUGAUAGUAUCGCCGCUGUCAGACAGAAUUCUCCCUUUCUUUUCGUGUAGUCGAUGGGUAUACACAAGCCCAGAAUAGGCCCGAAUUGCUUAUGUACAGCUAAGAGGCAUCCACACCCUUACAACUUCUCCGCGGGAUCCGUAUUAGCCUUCUCAUGCUCC